GCGCACCUCCCGUCCAUGGCCGCGGGCCAGCAGCCGCCGCCGCAGAGCCUGCUGUACUCGCAGCCCGGGGGCUUCACGGUGAACGGCAUGCUGAGCGCGCCCCCGGGGCCUGGCGGCGGCGGCGGCGGCGCUGCCGGCGGCGCCCAGAGCCUGGUGCACCCCGGGCUGGUGCGCGGGGACACGCCCGAGCUGGCCGAGCACCACCACCACCACCACCACCACGCGCACGCGCACCCGCCUCACCCGCACCACGCGCAGGGCCCCCCGCACCACGGCGGCGGCGCGGGGCCCGGGCUCAACAGCCACGACGCGCACUCGGACGAGGACACGCCAACGUCUGACGACCUGGAGCAGUUCGCCAAGCAGUUCAAGCAGCGGCGCAUCAAGCUGGGCUUCACGCAGGCCGACGUGGGGCUGGCGCUCGGCACGCUGUAUGGCAACGUGUUCUCUCAGACCACCAUUUGCCGCUUCGAGGCCCUGCAGCUGAGCUUCAAGAACAUGUGCAAGCUCAAGCCGCUGCUGAACAAGUGGCUGGAGGAGGCGGACUCGAGCACCGGCAGCCCCACGAGCAUCGACAAGAUCGCAGCGCAGGGCCGCAAGCGCAAGAAGCGGACCUCCAUCGAGGUGAGCGUCAAGGGCGCGCUCGAGAGCCACUUCCUCAAGUGCCCCAAGCCCUCGGCGCAGGAGAUCACCAACCUGGCCGACAGCCUGCAGCUCGAAAAGGAGGUGGUGCGGGUCUGGUUCUGCAACCGGCGCCAAAAGGAGAAGCGCAUGACGCCGCCCGGGAUCCAACAGCAGACGCCGGACGACGUGUACUCGCAGGUGGGCGCCGUGAGCGCCGACACGCCGCCGCCGCACCACGGGCUGCAGACAAGCGUGCAGUGAGGGCCGGGCCGCCGCGAAGAACGGGCCUCCGCCGCCGCUUCCGCUGUCACCACCGCCACCGUCCCCGCAGCCCAAAGACCGGCAUGCCGGCCCUUGGAGGAAAAAAAAGAGAAAGAGAGACGGGUCGAGGAGACAUUUUUUGAAGCCCAAGGAAGGAGGGGCAAAACAAACAAGCAUAAUAAAUACCCAGACGGUUUUAGAUACAUAUAUAACAAACAAAACCGGAAGAGAAAAAGGGGGCGAUCGCGAGAUCCCGUUUAUACUGUGGUGGUGUUUCGUUUUUGGUUCUUGUUUUUGUUUUUUAAAGAAGGGUGAAGAUGCCCAGCGCACCAAACCUGCACUCGGGAGGUCUUUUUCACCCUAUCAAGUCCUACAAGGCGACGGUGGACAGCGCCUAGCACCUGCCUCGUCCUCUCCUCUGAAAAAUAAAAGCGCCCCUCCCUCCUAAGGGCUGCCUAAAGUGACCCACCGGAACUUUCUUUCCUGGGAGCGACCUGAAAGAAAGCACAGGCACCGGGUUUAAUCAGGGAUGACUCUGUGCUCCGGGACCCUGUUCUUCUUGGCCAUAUUAAAGUCAUUUGGAGACAAACUGACUAUGAAAUAGAAAGGAGAAAAAAAAAAGUACAGUCUCCAGCAAAAACAAUAUUCACAGCUUCUGAAAUUAACAAACUGAAGAGCAAAGCCAAAAGAAAAAGAAUAUGUUUCCUCCAAAUAACCUUGGAAAUAAUAGCAUCACGAAAGAGCAGAGGGAUGAGUGAGGGGAAGGGGACAUCCGCCCAUCCGCCGAGCAGUGAGAGAGGCCCGGCCAGCCGGGGCGCUGGCGGGGGGACUAGGCACUGAGCGAGGCCCAGCCACCAACCCCGGCUGCAACGGCUGUCACUCGGGUGGAGGAUGCCUAAAGAUUCCACCGCUAAUAUUUUUUUUAUUAAUAUUUUUAAUUUUUUAUUUCUGGACUGACUCAGAUAAAGGGAUUUAGAAAGACUGAGCACCAACCGCUGCACUUCUUGGACUUCGCUCCUCAAUCUGUUGCCAACUUUGAUUGAAUGGGUGCUGUGGAUGUGAUUAUAUAAUACUGCCAUUUCCAAGCAGUGUUUUUGGUAGGUUUUAAUAAACAGACUUUUCAAAAGACGGCAAUAUAGAAUUGUUAGAUCCGUUGUUGAUCUAAAAAUAUUUGCUUUAUAUUUUCAUUAAAUGACUUCUUUUAAUAUUUUAUUCAGAAUACUUAUGAACUGCUGCAAAACGGUAAUUUAUUUUUCCCCAGAUCUUGUAUUACGUGUUUUUUUCAGACGAGCACAAAUCAAAAUGAAAUGAAAAUAUGGACAGUUGUUAGGUAAUAAGGGUAUCUUUUGAUGUGAUCAUUUGAUUGUAAUUUAAUUUGAGUAGUGAUUCCGUAAGAGCUGAUCGAGAAAAUAAAUUUGUUAGAAUGAAAUAGUCUGUGUCUGAUGCAUAAACACUGUGUGGGAAGAAAAGAGUUCGUUAGAAAAUAUUUUUUUACUAAUGCAAAUCCUUAAGUGAUAGUGCUGAGGAAGUCAAGUCGAGCCUGCUUCACUUAAGGUGUAUUUGGAAAUCUAGAGUAAAGGACAGACAUGCCAGAAAACGCUAGUACUUUAACUUAGUAGUCACUCCUUGGUAAACUGUAAAUUUCACAAUAUUUUUCUCUCCCUGAAUUUUAGUGGGUGUUUUUAGUGUUUAUAGGGGAGAUUGUCUAAAUACUGGUACUUUUCUUGGGGAUACCUGGGUCCUUUACCAUCUUUAUCAGAAGAUUGGACUAUGUCACCAGUAAAAAUGUGUUAACUGGUUAUUAAUAGUUAAUACAGAGCCCCCCCCCAAAGUUUAGCCUCUCUUUAUCCUUUCGUCCCCCGUCAUAUUGCUAUGUCUCUUUCCUCUUUUUCUGAAGACUAAUAGUUGUGAAAAAUAGCUUACCAGUCUCUAAAAUGUUUUAUAUCAAUUACUUCCCAUUAAUAACUAUAUGUGAUUACGUUUAAAUUAUUGAGCUGUUUUUGUUUUUUUGUUUUGUUUUGUUUGCUUUUCCUGUAAUGUAAGAAUGUAGUUCUAAAAUCUUGAAUAUAGUCCACUCUGCAUAACCCUCUGUGAUUACCAGCUCAGACGUGAGAUUCUACAUUUCUGUGUUUUGGUCUUUCCCUAGUGUGAUUCUGUAAUUUCUUUAAUGGUGCUGGAGGUUUUAGCUUUUUGGAUCACUCCUUAGAUACACCCUGCAGAGCGGUCACAUUUAUCAUGUUAAUGUAUCAAUAUUUACAAUGUGGGAAAAUGGAAGUGUGAUGCCUCAGGUUGUGAGUACUAAAGACACAAAAGUCUGCUUAGUUGGUUCCUUUCAUGUACUUUUUAAAAAGUAUUUUGAGGUGAUAAAGCAGUGAUUUUUAUAGAUUAAUUUCCCCCUAAUCUCAUUUAGCUGUCACUCACUUUUUGCCUUCUUCUCUCAUCUCCACUUCCUCUCCCUAUGAUAUGGAUGCAGGGGUUAAAAACCCCGGAAAACUGUGAGAGCAACAAGGAACGGUUAUUUCUUCCAGACAGACCCUGUGUCACUUUCAUAAAUCAAGCCCAGCCAGAUGGCCGUGUAUUGGGUUGCAUUAUUUUAAACACUAAAUCGUACUAAAAAUCACAAUCUUUUGAUUUGCAAAAUCUGAAAAAGGCCAUAUUUAUUAAACAGAGAGAAGACAAAAAUGAAAACAAGAAACCACAAUUUACUUUUCUUGGUUUUCUUGUUUCCCUACUUCUCUUGCUAUUGUAAUCACUCUGCCCAGCAAAUUUACAACCUGGAGUGGGGGGUGGGGUGGGGACAAACUUCGUCAUUUUUUGAGGGUCUACAGGGGCAAGCAAAGAAGGCCUUAUUGGAAAGCUGAGGAUUGGGUGUGGUUGUUUUUAUACGGUGGACACUACUGGCACGUGAGAUGAAAUCCUGUUUUUCCCUACAGGAAUGGUAGUAGUUGAUUAGACAGAGAAUGGGUCUAUUUAAAAUUUUAGGAGCUCUUUGCUUACUUGAUGACAAAAGAACUGCCAUUAAAUUUCACAGUUUUCUAUUAAAAAGAAACCUUUGCUGAUUACUUUGGAAGAAACCCUGAUUUAGGGGUAACAGAGUAACUUUUAAUUGGAGAAGCUGGAAAAGCAAGACCAUUUUAUUUCAUUAUUUUGCAUUUUCAAAAGUGAGCUAGUGCUUGCACGCCAUAUUUUAAAAAAUCAACCCUUUGAAUUUAUUUACAAAAUGAAAUUCAUGGUUAAAAACAAAAGAGAACAGCUACAACUGAGAGGUUUUGUGCUAAGGCUGAUACUGUUACACACGUAAAUAAUGAAAAUAUUGUUAUAUAUCACCAGAUCUUUUUAAUGAAUUUGGUCAUUGUGUUCCUUUGCAGAGCAAGUGUCUUGUGCUUCGUAAAGUGCCCAUUUGUUUCCUCCAUUUCCAUCCACCCCCUCCUUCCCUUCCAACCCAAAGGAAAGUGACAAAGUUCUGUUCCAUCAAUCUGGCUAAUCCCAAACUAGGCCCAUUUAUAGUUUGUAGUCGGUCCCCUGUGGCUCCUGAUCCGUUGUCCAAGCCUCAGUCAUCCCAUUCACCCAAUCGUCUUUCCCUGCAAGUCUGGGCGAUAAAUCAUUCAAGGUGUAUUUAAAACAGUCACUGUGCUGUUGUUGCUCUGCCUUUUAAUAUUUUUUUGCUAAGUACUUAGCCAAGGACUACUUCUUUGUUCCAAAACAGAACUGUUCAUUAUCGAUCUUAGAGAGUCCCCCUGCUUCCCUGUAGCCUCCAGUGUUUGCUCAUUACCAUGCUCAUAAUCUGUUUUGUAUGAAUGGUUUUCAACAUUCAGAGAAUAAUUGGUUCUAAUAUUAAAUACAGUAUAUACGAUUGAUAGUUUUAUCGAUAAGUGUACUAUUUUAAAUAAUUUUAACAAUUAAAUUUGUUUUUUAAAUUA